CGGUCGUGGAGCUGUACGUGCCCUGCAUUCAUUUGCAGAAAUGACUGGAUUAACGUUACACCUUCCCACAGACACGGAAUGUGAUACCUCUGUAGUGCUACUUGUCUGCGACCCAUGCAGUUGUAAGUUGCAUGGUCACUCCAUCUCCAAGCGCCAUGACAUACUUGUGGCCUGCAUGCAAAACUUUGUGAUCCAGUGGGAGAAGGCUUUUCAGUCUUGCAGCAUGGAUCCCUGGGGGCGAGAUUCAUUUGAAGGAAGCUUUUAAAGAAGUGUCAUAAAAAAAAACUACUUGUUUUUUUUUUCCACACUCUGCAGACUGCCUCCACACACAUGAAAGUGUGGCCGUGCUGCGGUGUUUGGAGGUCAAGUUCAGAGCUCAGCUAUGUCCGUUGUGUCCCCGGUGGAAACAGAUGAAUGUGCACAAGGAAGGAAGGAUUAUAGUCUUUUCUGUGGGAUUAUAGCUGUGUUGUCACCAAACUGUUACAGGUGUUCAGGUGGACCACCGUCUAGCAUCACAGUCAUGAUGUGCUUGCUGAGAUGGGCUGCCCUCAUUUGGACUGUGACUUCCAUUCGUCGCACAUUUUCGAUGGCAGUGGGCGAACCAACAGAUGACCCAUGCCCCCCGCUGACCGUGCAGGAUCACAGGUUUUCUGAUAUUUUAGAUCGUCCUCUGGAAAUCUCAGGGUUCGAUCUCACGGAAACGUUCCUUCUUCGAAAGGGGACGGUCACGGAAGACCUGCCAUCGUUUCGAUUAGGAAGCAGCCCGCUCAUUAAGCCGACAAAAUCUGUAUUUCCAAAUGGGCUUCCAAGUGAGUACUCCCUUGUCUCCAUAUUCCGGCUGAGAAGAACUACAAAAAGAGACCGCUGGUAUCUUUGGCAGAUCUUCGACCAAUCGGGAGGCAGUCAGGUGUCUGCCGUGGUCGACGGUGAGAAGAAGGUGGUGGAGUUUUCUUACCAGGGCUCGCUGAAGAACACCCUCCGCUACUCGUUUAGGGGCCGUGACCUGCACGCCCUCUUCGAUCGCCAGUGGCACAAGCUGAGCAUUUCUGUACAGAGCAACAUGGUCUCCGUUUACAUGGACUGCAAGCUGGUAGAAAGGAGGUCCGCCGAGGAGAGGGGCGGCAUUGACCCCGGCGGGCGCACACUCAUCACUACGCGGGUGGAGGACGGACGGCCCGUAGAUAUCGAACUGAGACAAUUUCUGAUCUACUGUGACCCAUAUAUGGCCGAGAUGGAAAACUGCUGUGAACUGAUGGAGCCAGAGUGUGGAGCCAAGAACACAUUUAAUGGGACCGCCCCUCCCCCGGUUACAGCCCCGAUCCCCCAGAUGCUGUCUCAGCCGGCCCCGCGGUCAAUUGACAGAUGUCACUGUCCAGCUGAAAAGGGAGAUGCCGGCCUUCCAGGCGUGAUUGGACUUCCAGGACAAAAAGGAGAUAAAGGAGACAAGGGGGACUCGGGGGACUCGGGGCCUGCGGGAAACCCGGGACAUAAGGGGGAACUUGGAUCAGAAGGGCAAAAGGGAAUCGAUGGAGAGAAGGGUUUGAAAGGUGACCCAGGGCCAGUUGGUCCAGUUGGUCCCAAGGGAGCCAAAGGUAAUGUGGGUCUUCCGGGAACGCCGGGGCUGCCUGCGGACAACGAAUGUCUCAAAGGAGAUCGGGGCCCUGCAGGUGACAAAGGAGAGAAGGGAUCGGCUGGAGUGCCAGGUCGGCCGGGGGAACCGGGCAAAGAGGGCAAAAGGGGACGGAGAGGAAAGACAGGGGAGCCUGGACUCAGAGGUCUACCUGGUCCCGCAGCAGCCACCAAAGGAGCGAGUGUCAAGGGGGAGAAGGGUGACUCCGGAGUCCCGGGAGAAAAGGGGGAGAGAGGAGAGAAAGGAGAUCCUGGUCAGCCAGGUGCCGAGGGGACCGGCGGGAUGAAAGGACAAAAAGGUGAUGUUGGCCCUCCUGGUCCUCCCGGUCCUGUGAUGACAGCUCAUGGAUUAAGACAACUCUCUGCAACUGAUGAAGCGAAGGAACGAGCCCAGAAGGGUGAAAAGGGAGAUGAGGGGGAGAGAGGACUUCAAGGGCUGCAAGGAUUCAAGGGAAGCAUGGGGCUGCCGGGAUUAAAGGGGGAUCAGGGGCCAGAGGGGAAACAAGGCCUGCCUGGACCCAUUGGACUCCCAGGACCCCCAGGCGAGCCAGGCUCACCAGGGGAGCCAGGGGUGCCUGGGAGAGACGGCCUGAAAGGAGAAAAGGGGGACUCUGGUGGACUGAUUGGGCUACAAGGACCUCCAGGUCCGAAGGGUGAGCCUGGAGAACCCGGGGGUGGACACAUGGGCGAUGGGUUGCCUCUAACCAGAGGGUCUCGCGGGCCUAAGGGUGAGCGAGGGGUCCCGGGACUGCCAGGAGACCACGGUGAAAAGGGCGAACCCGGGGAGAGUGUCAUGGGCCCGCCUGGCCUCACGGGACCCCCGGGGAAACCAGGAAUUGAGGGACCCCGUGGACCCCAAGGUUCCUCUGGCGUCCCUGGACCUCCAGGAAGAGAGGGCUCCCCUGGUAGGCCAGGCCCACCGGGGCCUGCUGGACCUCCAGGUGAACCAACUGCUCUUCCGAUUGUCGGAGACAUGGGCGCCUUGCUUAAGAAUGCCUGCAGUGUGUGCCAGACCAGAGUCCCAGGGCUGCCUGGGCAGAAAGGAGAGAAGGGGUCCCCCGGAUCGCAAGGAGUUGAAGGCUUGGUGGGAGAAAAGGGGGAUCCAGGCGUGAGAGGUCCGACGGGUAACCCGGGGAAAGAAGGCCCAAAGGGAGUGAAGGGAGAGAGAGGGUUCCCGGGCCCCGCGGGAGAUAAAGGUGAUGAGGGGCCUAUGGGAAUACCUGGACUUCCUGGUGUGACUGGUCGCACGGGGGCCCCGGGAAUCAUGGGUAGACCCGGUCCAAUGGGCCAAACAGGACCUAAAGGAGACAAAGGAAACGAAGGCCCUCCGGGAAGACCAGGGCUCCCUGGGCCUCCGGGUGUACCCUCUGUGGAGGGCAAUGGGAUGAGCAGUCUGUACAAGCUGCAGAGUGGUGGAGCUCUUUUAGGACCCCCUGGAGCGCCCGGUGCUCCGGGCCCCAAAGGAGAUGAAGGAGAAGCGGGUGAACCCGGGGCCAUGGGGCUACCUGGGCUGGAAGGGCUACCCGGUGCAAAGGGCGAUGUUGGUUUGCCUGGUCCACCUGGGAUGCAAGGCCCUCCCGGGAAACCCGGCGCUCGUGGAGAGCCAGGGAUCCCAGGAGAGCCGGGUGAGAGGGGGCCACUCGGAGAGACAGGAUUCCCCGGGCCCGAGGGACCUCAAGGUGUUCCUGGCAGACCAGGAAAAGAUGGAACCCCUGGAUACAAGGGAGCCACAGGUAGAGCGGGCGACCGAGGAUCCAAAGGAGAACGUGGCGAUCCAGGGAUUCCAGGAGAAAGAGGUGUUCAGGGUGAGAGGGGGCGCAUGGGAGAUCCCGGCCCGGUUGGACCCAUCGGACCCCAGGGUCAAAAAGGCGACCCUGGCCCUCCUGGACACUUGGACAACGUAAACCUCCUGGGCGACCACGGCUUCACGGAGGAGCUCCGGACGUUUAUCCGGAAUGAAGUGCUGAGGAUUUUCGAAGAGAAACUAUCGAGCUCUUCCACGCUGCAGAAGACUCCUGCAGGCAUCUUAGCUUCACAGAUCCAAGGGCCUCCAGGGCGUCCUGGCAACGACGGAUUACCAGGCCCACCUGGAGAGCCCGGACCUCCCGGUCCUCAAGGAUACAGGGGUCAGAAAGGAGAACGAGGCCAGCUCGGACUGGGGUUGCCGGGAGAUCCAGGACCCGUAGGGCCCCCAGGCCCUCCAGGGAUCAGUUCUCAGGGCCCUCCUGGUUCUCCGGGGCCUCGUGGACCAACGGGGACGUGUGACCCCCGCGACUGCCUUCUUCCGUCCCUAUAAGCCCGGGCUGAGUGGAUUAGGCCGUUCUGAAGACGGCCCUACCAGCUGCGAGCUCAGCGCCGCAGGACAAGGACGGCCUUCACCGUAUCUGACAGCUUCCUCGUCUCUGGUUUAUCGGACGGACUCACAACUGACCUCUUUAAUUCACUUUAUGAUAACAUUUGUAUGCCGUUUGGGGUUGUUGUUUUUUUGUUUGUUUUUUUGUUUGUUUUCCUGGGAUUGCCUUUGGGUUUGUUUUGGAUGCAGCUGAAAACCCUCCUGCAGUGCUGUACUGUUAAGUUAUUUCUUGUUUCCACCCCACCCCCCCGCUGCGUAACGCAUUCCUCAUCAGCUCUCAACACGUCUUUCAAGACCAUGAAACCAAGACUCGGUUUCGUCGAAGUUCAGCCCUGCCUGAAAACGCAAUCUUAAUUAUUUGUUUGCCUCUUUAAUGGGCAUGUCUAUGCACUCUUCUGUUCUUAUUCAGAUAAGCCAUUGGGCUGGCAGAAGGUACAUCUCAUGUUUCGUGUGCGUGAGUGUGUGUGUGUGUGUGUGUGUGUGUGUGUGUGUGUGUGUGUGUGUGUGUGUGUGUGUGUGUGUGUGUGUGUGUGUGUGAAGCAGAUUGGCCGAGCGAAUGUACUUGUUUUAUGUGAGAAAAUAACAGAUUGUUGAAGCUCCUUAUGCAACCAAAAUGCAGCAGAUGCGUCUCAUAUAGAAACUAUUUAUUUAAAGUGUGUUCUUCAAGAAUGUAUUUAAAAGAUGGUACUAAUAAUUGUACUAAAUGUAGCAUGGGUAUUCUAUAAUAUUAUUGCUAGAGUGUGGAUUAUUACAAUCCAGAGAGAGUUCUGUUUAUUGAACUCGUCACUCGUGACACAUUUUAUGUUGUGUACGAUUAUGAUUUUUAAAGAAAGCUGCAGUUUAAUCCUUUAAUGUUGCCUUCCCAUUUUCUGUAAGUCAUGAGCAUAGACUGUAGAAAGUUGGACGGCUCCUCAACUGCUCCUCAGAAGUGAAGCCAAAGUAAGUAGAGCUCCCCCUGGUGACUGGCUGCAGUAUAGGUCCCGCCCCCUCCAUGUUGGUAGAUGGGACUUGAGUCAAACUAAAACACUAAGAUACACAUUGAAUAAUUAUUUUUAAGGGCUGCUUCUGUCAUUUUAUGUAGUUGAUAUAGCACUGAUACAUGCUCAAGUUUCCAUUUUUCUGAUAAGUUUUGUUUUUGUUUGAUGCUAUAGAAACAGGACAUCAUGGUGACCGCAAGUUGCCAUGUCAACCACUCCAGGACUGUGAGAGCUGGAAAUAAAAUAAAAUAAAUAAGUGCAAUGUAUAAUCCAACAUCCCUGGGAAACUGCUGCCAGUUUAGCCAAUGCAAGGAAGUGGGGACGUGUUGUCCAUAUUUAUAUACAGUCUAUGUUUAUGUUGAGUCGAUACUGAGCUCUCAUCAGUGAGGUUUUGCCAAAGCUUUUGUAACACAAACGACUCACUGUUUGUCUGAAGCUGUUUUCCAAGACACAUACAUCCAGGGCUGAUUUUUUUUCUUUUUUUUCUUUUUUUUUAUUACUUUAUUUAAUUUUAAUCAUGGCAUGAAUGUACUUUAAAUAAUCUCACAUUUUACUGUAAUCUGUAAAUAAGGGAGUGGUAUGUUUUUUUUUCUUGUUUCCUAUCUAAUGGGGCUUGUUAAGGGACCUGUCAAUAUGAUUUCACAAGCAAGCUGUCAUCAUCAUGAUGCAUCAAGGUUCUCAGCUAUCAAUCAUACGUCGCUGCAAACAUGGAAGACUGUUUUGUGCCCGAGAUGAUUGUUAACAUAUAUAUUGUUUACAUAGUGUCGUGUAUGAUGAUUCCUCUGGUUUAGAUGUAUAUUUUGCUCAGCAACACAAAGGAAAUCUGACUGCCACACUGACGGACAUCUUUUACUCCAUUACACUCAUAAAUCUACUUGAACUUUGUCUUUGGUCUACAUCCUGGUUCUUCAUUCACUGACCAACACUGUGUGUGUGUCACUGUGUACUGUUGGGUUUUCGGGGCGUCUUAAGACUGGAGUUUGGCUUUAUUUAUUUUCUACGAAUUGUUUUGACGCUCUUAACUAAUUUCUAAAAGCUUUGAGUCACUUUUACCUUUUACAUGUCACAUAAAACACACUUGAAAUCUACAGAAAGACGACACUUUUACUUUUAAGUCAAUUCCCAGUUGGGAAACUUGUAGAUUUAAAAUAUAAUUUAUAACCGCAUCAAAAAAAAAAAAAACAUAAAAUAAAAAAAGACAGGCCUGUAGUGCGUGUUACUUUUCUCAAGCUUUCAUCGUGUUUUGAGUUGUUUAAUGAGUGAACUUGACUCAAAGGGUUCAUAAUUUUACUUUUAACCGUCCUGCUGUGAUUAAUGUUUGAACACUUCUUGGGGUGUGUCUGAGAACUCGGUUCUGUCUGUUUUUCUCUUCUUUAAGAUCAGUUUGACACUUUUUUUUUUUUUUGGUCUUUGUACUUCUCACUUCUCUCUACGUCUCACAUCGUAGUCAUGCUUUUCUUUUUUACACAUGUAAAUUAUAACUCACAUCUUGCUCAGAAGCCGCAGAACACUUUAUAUAUGUAUAUGUUUUUUUUUUCACAGCAUGCUAGCUUGGUUUUAUCUCUAAAUUUUAUCAAUGUGAGUGUGGGACUAAGUUAAGAUGGGUUUUGAAUCAAACGUGUGCCUCUUCUUUCAUUUGUGAGUUGAAAGAGCCCCCUGCUGGACAUGUAUUUAUUUCCUCAUUGCAUGUAAAGAGAAUGGAAAACUACUUUUUUUUUUCUUUGGUUUAUGGGCGAUAUUCUUUUUUUGCACUCAUUUUCAUAUUUGGCUUAAUGGGCCCCCGUCAGAGAUAAUAACACUAACUUUGAACGGAUUCAAAUGAGACAGUGUAAGGAAACCAAACUUCUUUCUUUUUUUCUUUUCUUACAUUGGAUUUAGCUCAAAUUGAUAUUAAUGUUCACCGGUUUGUGACUUCCAUUUAGCUAAACAGUAUGAUAAGUAGGCGGGAAUGCAAAAUGGCUACAGAUGUCUCAGCUCACUUCACUAGAAAUUUAUAAGUGAAAAUCCAUUUAUUCUAAGUGGGAAAUUAUCAGAUGAGAGCAAACCAAGCAGACGGAGAAUACUUGCUUUAAUGCAUCUAAAGUCUGGCUUGUCAAACAAUGCAAAAUUCACUUAAGACAGUAGCACCGCUUAUACGCGUUCACAUAUUUCAUGAUUGCUUCCUCUUCUUUUUUUUUCUUUUUUUUUUUUUAAUUUAACAGUAAUGCAAGUGUUGCCACAUGUAAUCUAAUCGUGUAAGUAAGCUUGUAAUGAGGGGGAAUGUGGAUCAGCUUCUCAGCGUGGCCCCUCGGAUUAAAAACGUCCUCCCGCUGUUCUCGCUGAAACCGCUUCCCUGCUCCUUCAUAAGCUCACAACUGACGUUAAUGUUUCUUUCUUUCUUUUUUUUAUCUACCUCAGUCUUGGUUUACCACAUGCGAUUAGAUAUUUUGGAAAAUAUCCAAACAAGCGUUGCCUUUUUUGCUGAGAGAAAGCAAUCGAGAAACCUCAUGUUAAAAUGCAUGUACGCCGAUCAGCCACAACAUUAAAACCACUGACAGAAGAAGCAAAUAACAUCGACCAUCCUGUGACAAUUCAGUAUUCUGCUGGGAGACUUUCAUGUUACAUAGACAUGUACAACCCACCUAGACCAGACCAGAAACCCCCGCCCCAUAGUACAGUAGAUCUCAAACUGAUCAAGUGUCUGUGGGAUUCACAGGAAUAAACUAGAUCCCUCCGCUUAGGUCCCAAAGGCCCCUAUUAGUACCACAGGGCACCCUCAGAAGACCCAUGUCCAUUCUCUGAUGAGUCAGAACUGUUUUGAAAGGUGGUCAUAAUGUUAUGCCUGUUCGGUGUAUGUGUUGCAGUCCUGGAUGCUGACACCAGUGUGGGUCGGCUCACUGAAGUAUCCAGUGUGUUUUGUGUGGUUACCAGGUAUCAGAGGAUAUAUUUGACACUUUUUCUUCGCAGCUUCUUUCCUUUACACUGAUUAACGGCGUCUGCCUUACACGUGUGCAAUAAAUUUUAUCCACUGCUUUA